UCAAAAUUAUUCCUAAUAACGAUUUGUAAAUGCACGCUUUUAUAUGGCGUGAUUAGUUGCGUUCAAAUUCUGCUUAGCAGGUGGUGCUACCUAGCGGCCGUAAUAUAAAGCUUGUGGCACUUUAUGAAAGUCACGCCGUACCGUUAUGAUUUCCCAAAAAUGCUCUUUCGCCCACCCGAAUUGCGUAAUUUUUAUUAUCACGUUUCUAAAAGAUAAGAUUUCGCACAAAAUGAGGUAAUCUCUCAAAUCAAUUCGUUUUCUAUUGUCACACAAGGGAAAAAUGAAGACACGACCGGUCGAUGUUUUUGGCGCGUUCAACUUAUUCGACUGGCACGAAAAGGAAGAGAGAGAGAGAAAAAAAGUAGGCGGAGCCAAGGGUGGUUUCGAAAGAAGAAAAACUCCCUCUGGCCAUCUAUGCGUGUAUAAUAAUAAGGGUGGUGGUGGGGGGGGGGGUUUGUGAAAGGUUGAGGAGAGGGGGGGUUUACCCCACCCCCUUUAGCCAGUCCAUCUGGCGAGAGUUGGCAACGAAAAUUCGUUUCGAGGUCAGUCUGACUGCCGUUUUCAACCCCUCACGACACACAUUUUACCCCUCACCCGAACAACAAUUUUGAUUCGACACGAAAAUAAUUCACUUUGGACUUUUGAAUUCGCCACAAACUGACAUCAUUUGAAACUCUGCAUAAAUCAGUGUGUAUUAAUCCCCGCAGUGUCUUGUCGAGUGUAUUUCGUCUGCCCAGUGUCCCGCCAAAUUGUUUUGUUGGACGACGACGACGCAAUCAUGACUUUCGUCAGAGAAACGGUUGGAUGAAGCCGAUUGGAGGCUGAUUGGACUCUUCCGGUCACCGGAAGUCGCCUCCUUUUGACUUGAAACGACCCCCACAUUUUGGGAGAGAGAAAAUUAAUUUAAAUUAAAAAGGAGAAUUUGAAGAGAACAAAAGAAAGGAAGGAAGAGAUACGAAAAUGGGUGAUGCCAACGUUCAGACUAGUGGUGGAGGAGGUCCAGGACAUCAUCAUCCGCAUCAGUUGCAUCAUCAUCACCACCACCAUCAAUUGCAUCACCACCAACCCAUCAAUGCCGGCCAUCCUCAACAUCAUCCGCCGCAGCAUCACGACACGACAGCCGCUCUGAGUUUCGGCCUGGGCUUUUUUCCCGAUCCGUCUGAAAUCAACUCAAAAUCACUUCCGCCAUUUUCCUCUUUCGGUGAAACGGAAGGACUUGGCGAAGGUCUUUCCGGUCGACUUUUGGAUCUCGGCGGAGGCAACGGUGGACCACCUCCGUGGGAUUUGUACGGCGAAGGACUUUCUGCACGGCUGAUUGAUGUCGGGGCUCCCACUCCGCUCGGCCUGGGCAUUGGUGUUGGCGUCGGUCUAGGCCUAGGCUUUGCUCCGCCUCCGCCAGCUGCCAUCCCAGCCAGAGACAAUCAACCUGGACCGCCUGGCCCCAACAACAGUGGACCCGGUGGCGUCCAGUACCGACCUUGGGAGUCUAAAAAUCACCCUGACAGUAACGGCAAUCCGCCUACGUUGCUGGAACUCGGUCGGAUGAUGGCUGUCACUCCGCCUCCGGGCAAUACGACUCCCAACUCUUCGAGUAAUCCGUCGGGAUUCUCCGAGCUGCAACUGUUUCCGCCGCACGGAAGCAGCCCCAAACUGCCGUCGUUCCAGUCACAAUUCCAGCAUUCUUAUUCUGCUUCGAGUCCGGGACCUCAUCCGCCUGCCCUAACGCCCAUCAAUGCAGACCCUAACGGUUUUCACGCUUCCGGUCCGGGACCCGGUGGUGGUGGCGGUGGGCCUGGAGGUGCCGUUAUUCAGAACAAUAACAACAACAACAACGUCCGUUAUCCGCUAGUUCCGGCACCAGUCCAUCCUAUCCAGCGGCCGGAAGUUGUCGGUGGAGGUCACGCACCUCAUCCGGGCGCUUUCGUUCAUCACGAACGUGUCGCCGCCGUCACCGCCGUUCAUCACUUGGGUCCAUUCCCAUCAGUGGGUCAGCAGGCCGCCACUAAUCCACAGCAUUAUCCAACGCUUCCGGCUGAUUACAACAAUGGUGUCGUCCAGCGUCCGGCUCUCCUCCAAUCAUCCGGUCCGUCUCCAUCCAUCAACAAUGUCAUCAAACUGGAGACGGAAGAUUCUCGAUCUCCAUUCUCAUCUCAAGGAUCACUUCCAGCCCGCCAACCAGCCGGAGACGGAAGGAAAAAGGAGAAACGAAAGUAUCGAGCCUCAUCCAUGGAGAGUUCGAGUAGCGAAGCUUCCGACGCCCAGGUGCCCAGCAUUUCCAGCACAGCCCGCGGAUUCAAACAUCCGCACAUCCAUUCGAUGACUGGCGGCUCGAAUGGUCACGAUUCCAGCAUGGAUUGCGACGGCAAACAGUCUAAAAAGAAGCGGAAGCGUUGCGGCGAGUGCGUCGGCUGCAUGCGGAAAGACAAUUGCGCCUCUUGCGCUCCGUGCCGGAACGACAAGAGUCACCAAAUUUGCAAAAUGCGACGCUGCGAGAAAUUGACGGAGAAGAAAAUCAAGAUUCCUCGUGAGAAGGGUGAAGGAAGAGCUGCUCGACAGAGUGCCAACAACAGCAGCAACAACUCUAGCAACAACAGCAGUAGCACGUCUGCCGGCAAUUCGGCUGCUCAACCGUCGACGACGGCCACUCCACCCACUCCGACCAGUACAAUGGCUAAUGGAGUUGCGUCUGCUGGUGCUGCCAAUUGGGAUCGCGGUGGCUAUGCGCCCAGUGCCAAUGCCUGGGCUCCUGCCGGCCAACCGGCUGUUGUCAAUGGAACCACUGAUGAGAAUCAAUGGGCGGCUGGAUACCAGCCGGAGACAUACGAUCCGACCUUCAACUUUAACCCACUCCAACAACAACAGCAGCAGCAAGGUGGUUUCCAUCCGCCGGCUCCUGUUGUCGACACGUUCACCAACGGUGGGCAGACGAAUGGCUUCCGACCGAGACCCAGUCCCCAGCCUCAACAGAUUCAGAUUGGCGGGUUCAGUCCUCAUAUGACGUCACCUCAUCCAUCACCCGGAUCGGGUCAACAGAUGAACGGCCGCUGUGGCAGUGUUCCACCUCAUUUCAACGGCCAGGACGGAGUGUUUAUGAAUGGAAGUCCUUUCACCAGUCCCAGCCCUCGCCCGCCAUCGUCCAACAAUCCGCCCAGUGGAGGAGGAGGAGACAACUUUCGCAACGGCGGCGGAAGUAAUUCCGUAGAGUCGAACGGCCAACAGAUUCACCCAAACGGGCCGCCUGGGUAUCCGUCUCCAUCACCCAUCCCGCAUCAGAGUUCGCUCAACUCUAACGGCGGGUAUCCAGGCCAACAACAACAGCAACAACAACAAGUUAAAUCCGAGCCCUGGGAACCUGAUUCCAAACAGCAGCGUUCCACUCCGCACGAAGAAUUGAAUAAUCGGCUCAAGGAAAAGAUUCUCAGCAAACAACAGAUGCAGCAGCAACAACAACAACAUUCAUUCCAACAACAACACGAGUUGCAGUCUAAUGGCGGCCAGGGUUACUACAUGAACUACCCCUACCAGCAGCAACAGCAACAACAGAACAACGAGGAAUACUCUGAUCAGCAUUUCAAUCCUCCAAGCGCGUCGUCGCCUUCAUCGUCAACGGGCAACAACAAUGUCAGGCUGGACGUCCAUUUGGAGCCGAAUUCAACCAACAGUUCAACGGCCCAUUUUUUAGGACCAGCCCACCCUCAGAACAGCGGCACUGGGGGUGGGAAUCAUCAGGGGGAGGACCAACAACAACAACAGAUCCCUCAGCUUCUUCAGAGUCCGACAACCACAUCACCGUCGUCACCGCCGCCGCCUCAACAACAACAGCAACAGCAACAACAACAACCGCGUAAUAACGGCUGUCAAGUCAACCACUUGACUCCGACCAGUGCAGCUCCUCAAGAUCUCGAACAGGAUCGUCUCAAUAAGUUGAAGAAUAAUGUCAAAGAUGAAGUGCCGCCCUGCCAGUGUUUCCCAUCGGACCAAUUACCGCAAGAACCGGGCCCUUACUACACCCAUCUGGGAUUUGGCGAAAGUGUCGCCUCGCUCCGACAGCUGAUGGAGCAAAGGACCGGCCUGGCCGGAAGAGCCAUCCGCUUUGAGAAAAUCCUUUACACGGGCAAGGAAGGCAAAACCGCCCAGGGAUGUCCAAUCGCCAAAUGGAUUAUACGACGCUCGAGCUUGGAGGAGAAGGUGCUUUGCCUGAUCAAAGAACGUCGAGGACAUCGAUGUCAAACGACCUGGUUGAUUGUCAUUUCCGUCGCCUGGGAAGGGCUGGCGCUCAGAGACUCUGAUUACCUUUACGGCGAAUUGGUUUAUCGAUUGAACGCUCACGGAGUGGCGUCCAAUCGCCGUUGCGCCACCAAUGAGGAUCGAACGUGCGCAUGUCAGGGUCUCGAUCCCGACACUUGUGGCGCUUCUUUCUCGUUCGGCUGCUCCUGGAGCAUGUUUUUUAAUGGAUGCAAAUUCGCCAGGAGCAAACAGCAAACCGUCCGGAAAUUCCGGCUAACCGACGAGUCCCAGGAAGCGGAUAUUGGUGAUCGGUUGCAGCGGUUCGCUACAGCCAUCGCUCCGCUCUACAAACGGAUCGCUCCAGAUGCUUACGCCAAUCAAGUCCAAUUUGAAGGAAAGGCUGUCGACUGCCGACUGGGUCUAGCGCCCGGUCGACCGUUUGCUGGCGUGACGGCCUGUUUCGACUUUUGUGCUCAUUCGCAUAAAGAUAUCCACGAUAUGAAUAACGGGUGCACAGUGGUAACGACUUUAACGCGCCAUCGAGGCUUCCACAAACCGACCGAUGAUGAGCAAUUGCACGUCUUACCUCAUUACAUUCUCGAUGGAGUCGAUGAGUACAACAGCGUGGAAGGACAAAGGAGUAAAGUGAAUACCGGUGCCAUCGAAAUUCUCAACAAAUAUCCUUGCAUUAUGAGACGUCAUUCAGAGCCGAUUCCCAGCAAAAAUAAACGGAAAAGUCAAGCUCAAUCUGACCCAAUUGUCUACACUCCGGCCAACGAAGAUGCCGCUCUGUUGCAGAGCAGCCACGUCACAAGUUCGACCUACUACCAACGAUCGAGUCGCUCAUCAUUUAUGGAACAAUCCAGCUCGAUGGAGAGUAGAAUUCGAGCCCUGCAAACUUACCGGCCUCCAGUGCCGGCAUUCACCAACUGGGGAGGCUACUGCAUCCCUCCUCCGCAACAACAACAAUACUGGCAACAGCAACAACCGCACAAUAAUUACAGACCAGAUGGCCCUCAAUUAUCCCAGUGGUGGAGACAAAAUGUGUCUGCUCCUCCCAGUGAAAUGCGUCCGUUCGGGCCGCCUGUCCAUCCGAUGCAGAAUCUACUCCGCCAUCCGGCCCCACCAGCACCAGCCAAACCGAGAGUGACGGUCCAGGUGAGCGAUAACGAGGAGAAUUUCCAAGAUGCCAACAUAGGUGGUGUGGCCAUCGCUUUGACGCACGGCUCGGUUCUCUUUGAAUGCGCCAAACACGAACUUCACGCCACAACGGCUCUGAGGAAUCCCAAUCGCCGCAAUCCGACCCGCAUAUCCCUCGUUCUUUAUCAACAUCGCAACAUGAAUGAAAGCAAACACGGAUUCCACGUCAACGAGAAAAAGAUGGAAAGAAAAAGGAUCGAACAACAACAGCAACAAGAGGCUCAAACAACUCAACAACAAUCUAAUCAUUGGUUCAACACACCAACAAUACCACCAGCGACACACUCUUACAGCUAUACUUGGCCGGCAGCUGCUUCCUACCAUCCACAACAACAACAGCAGCAACCGGCUUUGCCUUCCAUCCAUCAUGCGUUUCCGUACCAGUUAUCCCAUCCGUACAAUUAUCCAUAAGAAUGUUAUGGCAAAUUUGGGAUCGUAGUCUUUUUAUUAUUUUAUACAAAAUGCCAACCACACACAUUUAUGAACUUUUUUAUUUUUAAAUUGGUUGGAUUUGGCGGGGGGGGAUUGGGUCCUUUUUUGUUUAAGCCUUUUCGAUCAUAUGCAAACACAAAAAUUUCAACUUUGGCGGAUGUGGUUUCAAGUUCAAAACAAAAAUAAUUCAGUGCUUUACAAAUUUUUAAAAUACGUGCUAUUUUUUGGCAUUAAAAAGUUUAGAAGAAAAACAAAAUAAAAUAAAAUGUGGAACCGUUUGGACGCAAACUUCGGCAGGGAAAACGUAUUACACAAAGAAAGAUUUUUCGUUCGUGUCGCCAGUCACAUGUCAAUGUGGUCAUUUGAAAUUCUGAUCUCGUGAUUCUUUUUUUUUUAAAUUGAGUAAUCUCCCGUUUUUGUUUUUUAAGGAAAUGCUGACACUUGGGACUUUUUCUCAUUUGCUAAAGUUUUGAAAUUGUCUCAGAGAAAAGACGGCGAAUAAGACACCCGAUUGUUGACCAUUUAAAACCAUAAAUUUACCAUUGGUAGCAUCAUGUUUAACUGCGCCAUUUUGGUUUAGAUCAAUGUCUAUGUAAUUAUCUCUCCCACUAAGAGAUUAUUCUUACCCUACCUUUUGUUUAUGAAGAGCUUGCCAAUCCCCGUCUGCCAUAAACAACUACCACCUCAGUUACCUACUACGAUGCUACAAGAAAUGCAUUUUUUCUUAAGUUCCAAUACAUUUCGUGUUUCUUUUUCAA